AUGUUGUUGUCUUGUUGAAGAUUGGGAAUUGGUGUUUUAAGUGUCCAGUUGACUCCGCGAGUACAAAGCAGAGCCAAUUGAUGGUAGGGUCAAUGGCAAAUCCUAGGCUUCGCAGCCUGCUCUGGUGGAGACGGUGGGCCAAGAAGGACUGGGCAAUCGCAGCCGUCGGAUUUACCGUUGUUGCCUUCGCUCUCACUCUCCUCUCCAACUCUUGGCGCGAUGAACCAGACUCCGAAAUCACCCGCCCAUUUCAUCCCAUCACCACCUCCGAUUUGGUCGAAUUAACCUUGUUGCAAAACGCUAAAGCUAGAGGCGCCCUAUGUUUAGAUGGAAGUGCGCCUGGCUACCAUUUGAAAAAGGGCUUUGGAUCAGGAGCUAACAAUUGGCUACUUCACAUUGAGGGUGGAGGUUGGUGCAAUACAAUAGAAUCUUGUUCAUGGCGUAAAGGGACCUCAUUAGGAUCUUCCAAAUACAUGGACCAUAAAGUUCCCUUUUCUGGGAUUUUAAGUUCCCACCCAUCAGAAAAUCCUGAGUUCUUUAACUGGAACAAAGUCAAAAUCCGGUACUGUGAUGGCGCAUCCUUAGCUGGCCACCCAGAAAACGAGCUGAAGAAUGGAUCAGCACCUUUCUUUAGGGGCCAGCUCAUCUGGGAAGCAGUUAUGGAUGAACUCUUGUCAGUUGGCUUGUCAAAAGCCAAACAGGCCCUUCUUUCGGGAUGCUCUGCUGGUGGGUUGGCGACUCUUAUACAUUGUGAUGACUUUCGACGCCUUUUGCCUAGGGAUGCAACUGUCAAAUGUCUUGCUGAUGCAGGUUUUUUUCUUGAUGAGAAAGAUGUUCUCCAACAUCGGACCAUGAGAGCUUUCUAUCAUGAUGUUGUCAUCCUUCAGGGUUUAGCAAAAAGUUUGCACAAGGAUUGUGUUACAAGAAUGGAACCCUCUAAGUGUCUCUUUCCUGAAGAAAUUAUUAAAAACAUUAACACCCCAGUGUUCCUAGUCAACCCAGCUUACGAUUUUUGGCAGAUACAACAUAUCUUGAUACCUGAAGCAUCAGAUCCACAUGGCUAUUGGCAAAAGUGCAAAUUGAACAUUCACAAUUGCAAUCCUAGCCGGCUUGAAAUACUACAAGGGUUCCGCGGUUCGAUGCUGAAGGCGCUGAAUGAAUUCCAAAAAAAAAAGGAGGGAGGAAUGUUUAUAAAUUCAUGUUUUAUUCAUUGCCAGACGUGGAUAACUGAGACAUGGCAUUCACCAAGUUCUCCACGAAUAAACAAAAAGACAAUUGCAGAGUCUGUGGGCAAUUGGUACUUUAGUCGGAAUGUCGUAAAGCAAAUCGACUGCCCAUUUCCAUGCAAUCCCACCUGCUAUCAUAUGAAUUUCACUGUUUUCUCACGAGGUUGAUUGAACUUAGAAUGCCUCCAACGUUUUAGUGUGUUUUUCCUUGUAGACACUGAGAAUGAAGAUGUGUAGAAGAAGAAAAGAAAAAAGAAACAGUUUUAUAUUACAUAGCAGGAUCACUUCUUUACCUAGAGGAGAAACACAUUCUGUAAUUUUCUUUUUUAAAAUCUUGGAGUCCAUAUUAACCAGUUCAAAGGCCUUUUCCUUUCAAUAUAGCGAUUUCAAUGUAGGGAUCGAUAUGAAACAGCUUUGUGAUGUAAUUAAGCGCGCCGUGGAUAUCUUUUGUACCUU